UGCGUCGCGACGGCCCGCAGUUGCCACUCGCGGUACCCGCGCGGGACCCGCGGGAAAGGGGGCGGCGCUGCGCUUGCCCGGGAACCCCGGUUGGAACCGCCCCUCGCGCCCCAGGGUUGGGGGGCUUCCGGGAAGACGCCAGGCCUCCUAAACAAGCGGAGGCUGCUGCGGGGCUCUCGCGGCUGCCCCGGGCGCUCACGUGCCCGCUCGCUCUGGGUCGGUGGCAGUCCACCACAUCUGGGGACCCAGGGAUGCGUGAAGCUGGAGGGGACCCUCGAGUCUUCUUGCUCCACAGCUGUCUUGCUUCUUCCUACCCCGUCCCCUCCUCACCCCGCGCUCCUUGCAUGCCUCCCCAUCCCCGAGUGCGGCUGGGUGUGAGGCUUCGUGGUGUCUUUCUAAGCCGCCUUGCUAGGCCCGGCCGGUGAGCGGGGUUCCCUUCCUGCGUCCUGCGUCCGCGAGAGUUAAAGGCCACCCCUGCGGGGUCCUGAUCGCCGGCGUGCCGGCGUCCUCCGCCCCCUCGCCACGUGCCCCUCAUCAUGACGGGCUCCGCCGCCGACACUCACCGCUGCCCCCACCCCAAAAUCACCAAAGGCACCCGGUCCCGGAGCAGCCACGCGCGGCCCGUGAGCCUCGCCACCAGCGGGGGCUCGGAGGAGGAGGACAAAGACGGCGGGGUACUGUUCCACGUGAACAAGAGCGGGUUCCCGAUCGACAGCCACACCUGGGAGCGGAUGUGGCUGCAUGUUGCCAAGGUCCAUCCCAGAGGGGGAGAGAUGGUAGGCGCCAUCAGAAACGCUACCUUCCUGGCAAAGCCUUCAAUUCCCCAGGUCCCAAACUACAGGUUGUCCAUGACGAUCCCAGACUGGCUCCAGGCCAUCCAGAAUUACAUGAAGACACUACAAUACAACCACACAGGGACCCAGUUCUUUGAAAUCAGGAAAAUGCGACCUCUGAGCGGAUUAAUGGAGACAGCGAAAGAGAUGACCCGUGAAUCCUUGCCUAUCAAAUGCCUGGAGGCAGUCAUCCUGGGCAUCUAUUUAACCAACGGGCAGCCUUCCAUCGAGCGGUUCCCUAUCAGCUUUAAAACCUAUUUCUCAGGAAACUACUUUCACCACGUUGUGCUGGGGAUUUACUGCAAUGGUUACUAUGGUUCACUGGGCAUGAGCCGAAGGGCUGAGCUGAUGGACAAGCCGCUGACCUUUCGGACUCUGAGUGACCUUGUCUUUGACUUUGAAGACUCCUAUAAGAAAUACCUGCACACAGUCAAGAAGGUCAAGAUUGGGCUGUACGUCCCCCAUGAGCCUCACAGCUUCCAGCCCAUCGAGUGGAAGCAACUUGUCCUCAAUGUCUCCAAGAUGCUGAGGGCGGACAUCAGGAAGGAGCUGGAGAAGUACGCCAGGGACAUGCGGAUGAAGAUCUUGAAACCUGCCAGUGCCCACUCUCCAACCCAAGUGAGAAGCCGGGGGAAGUCCCUGUCUCCACGCAGGAGACCAGCGAGCCCUCCCAGGAGGCUGGGCAGGCGGGACAAAUCCCAAGACACUGGGCCACUGCAGCGCCUUCAUCUGCAUCCGAGGAAGAGAGCUGUUAGACAGCCACAGUUGCCUGCUCUGGCCGAGAAGAAGGUGGCCGACCUCAGCACUCUGAACGAAGUGGGCUAUCAGAUCCGGAUCUAGCCAGGCCAGGCCAGCAAGGCUUCCAUGGUGCUCUUGUCUACUUCACCCAGCAGCUGCAGGAGGAACUGCAACCUGUGAACUUUUGAUUUUGAAGGAUUUACCUGGAGAUAGAAAAUGUGUGGGUUUUGAAGAAUUCCCUGGGCAGCAAGCAUGACUGGGCUGGAGUGACGGACAAACCCCUGGGCUGACUGACUCCCUCACUCAGGAUCUCAAGAACAAUGUUGGCCGCAGUUUUCUACUUUUCCAUUGGCCGACUGUCCCGCUUGCUUUGAACGUUUUUGCCUCAGCUAUAGUGACCGUUCAUGGAGCUCCUCCCACUUUUUGGUACAGCUCAGCCAGGAUCACUGCCUUCUCAGCAAUAACAAGCAAAGAUGGGUGGGUUUUUUUUAAGCAGUUGAUAUUACCUCAACAUUUUGGCAUCAGAUAUGCAAUCUUAAUGAGUUUUUUAUAUUCUAUUUGUAUUGUUUUCCUAUAGGGAUCUUGAUGGUUUAGAGGGGUUUUUGGUUGUUUUUUUCUAGUUCACACAUGAGAUGAGAUUUAAGUUAUAUGCAAAUGCUUUAGAAGCACUGAGAUUCUGGCAAUAAGGGAAAACACUUUAGGAUCUUGGAGUCACUUUUUUAAAGCGUGUCCUAACACACAUGUUAAGAAGCUCUAGUCCAUGCUGUUGCUAGCAUUUAAGCCUUUUCUGAGGCAAGCAAGAGAUCAAUCACGUGCUCCCGAAACCGCAGCAGUGCCGAGACUUCCCAGACAGGAGGGCAGACGUCUGGUCAGCCUCGGUCCCUAGUGGCUCCUUGCUGUUAAUGUGUUCUGCUGUCCCACACGAAGGCAAACACGACGAUGGACCGUUUCCCCGUAGCUUGUCUUUAGGUGCCAGCCACUUCAUGGCAUUAGGAGGCGCUGUGGGGAAGCCAGGACCUCAAGGAGCAAGCCUGUCUUAAAAGUUCCAGCACAGUGCUGUGCCUCCCUCAGUGUUCCCCAGGCCCUGAAGCACAGCGAGCCCUGCCUGUGGCCACUACAGCGAAGCUUCUCCUUGCAGAGCAUGACGGGGGAAACCUAGGCCAUAAGGAGGGCAAGAGCAUGUGCAGAAAACCUCACUCCACCCUAAAGCCAGCAUUACUAAUGAAACGUUUCCUUGGAAAAGCUGAGUGUCCUUUAGAGGGCAGGACCAGGAAACUAAAACAGAAUGUGAACUUCAGUUCUGAACUCAAUGGCUUCCUUCAAGAAUCCUGUUGUCGGAGUUCAAGGUGAGUUAUGGGGCCCAGGCGUGUGCUCUGAAGCUCCUCUGGUUUGACACCCAGCACCCAACGAAGCAUCCUUCCUCCACAUGUCCUCACGAGCUGCCCACCCACUGUCAGCCUCAGGGCCGUGUAAGUGCACCCACCAGGCCUGUGUUCAAGGCCAGCUCACAGGGACAGAGCACCAAGCAGCAGGACAACCCUGAUGCGCGGCAAAGGAAAGAACAGCAGCGAUCUCUGACACUUUGACGCUUAAUCUCUUCCACAACUACUUUCUGACUUUUAGGUUCAUUUUUCAAGGCAAGGUUAGUCAGAGAAACAUUGAAAAAGCUCUUUGUCACUCAAUUUUACUGCCUGUAGUUACACUAACUUCCAAAAAACAGAAGGAAGCCUGAAACGCCUACAUUCUAAUGCAAUAGUUUAUUGAAAUAAGGCGGCAAAAAUGAACCCAGCACGUCUUAGCUCGCAGACUGGCCUUUCAGCCUGCUGUGAUGAAGAUGAAGAGGAAAAGUGAGCUGACAGGAACACGUUUAUCCUAUGCACCAUGGCAAGAUGCGCAGAGCCGAAUGACAAGUUUCAAGCUGACUGCUGCUGGCUGUUGAAAGGUAGCCUGGGUGUUUUCUGCACACGCGGGAACCGUGAGCAUACCCCUUCCCUCGAGUCAGCUGUCUCCCAGGGUGUCCUCAGCAGACAUGGGUAAGCUAAGGGAAACCUCUGCAGGCUUCAGCUCACUCACCACACAAGGCUCUCGUACGCUAGACUUUUAUGGACAACCUUGUACAGUUUUUUUGACAUACACUUCAGAUUCUCGUUUAUUCUCUUAGACUUUGAUCUGGCCAACGUUUUUAAAAAAUAUUUCAGAAGAACCGUGAUUGUUUUAGUGGGUAUUUUUCUAAGUAUGUGAAGACUUGAUGGUAUUCUACAGAACACCACAAGUGCAUGCUUCAGACUCAAAUCUCUCUCAUCACGUGUCCACACACAGCAUGGAACUGUAAUAAAACUGUCCUGGAAACUGAAGGACUUCAUGA